CCCACAACUUUCAACCUCGACUCAAGCAAGGGAGCAUGAAGCGCGCCUUCGUGCUCACCGUUCUGCCACUGGUGUCCAGCGCCUCCCUGGCAGCAGCGUUCGUCUGCCCUGCGCCCGCAACAGCAACAUCUGCCGCCUUCACCCCGAACAGACCAAGAUUAGCAGGUGACACAUCAGCAUCAUCUGCCGCCGCUGCUAUUGCGCCGCUUCGUCCUGCUCGCGACCAACACCGCCAGCAACGGCAACGCGGGAGACAUCUCGUCGCCUCCCUGGGCGGAGGCGUCCCAGAAGUCGCGGCCGUCGUGGUCUCAUCGACCUCGUCUGUUGUGUCCUGGCUCGUCGGUGCCCUCGUCGCAGCUUCAAUCGCGAACUUCCUGCAGGGAAGACCGUACCGCGAUCUGGGGCUAACGCCAGACAAGAUCCUGGGCGUUCCCGCUGAGGAGGCCACCGCCGAUCAUGUGGCCAGGUUAGGCAAGGCAGGGUUCAUGCAGCUCUUCUACGCCAGCCAAUGCCCUGCUACCGGAGACCUGGACGGCGAGUACCGAGCCCGCACGCUCAACAUGGGCGUCUUGCACCCGAUCACCGCUAUCAUCACGCACCGGAUAUGGGGGCCAGGGAGGUGGCUCGGGAAGGGCAUCCGCACCGGCAGCCGGGAGGGUUACAACCUCUUCACUGGUUCCGAGGCGAAGGGUAUCGGCCUUCCAAGCGACACGCAGCGAGAGCGAUCCUUCCGGUUCUCCCAGUUCUCCGACAGCGUGUUUGACCGGGGAGUGUCUUCGGGGCUCGACUACGCCAGAGCGGGCAAGAACGGGCCGCUGUUCGGCGGCAUGCGGGACGAGGUCCGGAAAGUGAACGACAAGCUUUUCAUAGGUUUGGGCUACAUACAGGCCUUCGGUGACACCGGGAACAACAUUCGGCACUCGACAAUUGGACAAGGGUGGCACAGGGGGGGGGGGGGGGUGUUUCCAGGCCGCGUUCUUGCUUGCGUCGUGGCGGGACGUGUCGCCUAG